AUGUCUGACCCAAGAGACUACAAUGUUGGCUGGAUUUGCUGCAACGCCACUGAAUUUACAGCUGCCCAAGCCUUCCUUGAUGAAGAGCAUCUACCCCCGAAAAACUUGCCAUCUCACGACCAAAACAGCUAUGUCUUGGGCAAAAUCAGAAAACACAAUGUUGUUAUUUCCAUUUUAUCUCCAGAUUAUAGCACACAUCCGACAGAUGAUUACACAUCUCCAACAGAUGAUAGCACAUCUCCGACAGCACAAGCAACCGCGUAUAUGUUACAAAGCUUCCCAAAUGUUCGAUUCAAUAUGAUGGUCGGUAUCAGUGGUGGAGCGCCUAGUCCGCAGCAUGAUAUUCGCCUUGGAGAUAUCGUGGUUGGCAUAGAUGGAGGGAUAGAGUUGGAUUCCGGGAAGUUGACACAACACCAAAGCCUCCCACAAAUGGGCGUGCCUGAUCGACCCUCUACCUUUCUUCGUGUGGCGAUUACCAAACUUCAGACCCAACAUGAUCUAAAUGGCAGUCGACUUGAGAAGGCAGUCGACGAGGUCCUUGAAAGAUACCCGAAUCUCCGAAAAGAUUACCAACGGCCAAAUGAAGAUAGUGACCGACUAUACCAUAGUCAGGUCAUCCAUCCGCCAGGAAGUGGAUCGAUUUGUGCUGAAGUCUGUGGAAAUGAUACAACUGCCUUAGUUUUGCGAAAUUCACGCGACAAAGAUAAAGCUGACCUUGUAGUCCACUAUGGCGGGAUCGCGUCCACCAAUGUGAUCCUAAAGGAUGCUAUAAUCCGCGAUAAAUUGUCCGCAGAUAUGGAUGUUCUAUGCUUUCAAAUGGAGGCGGCGGGGGUGACGAGUCAGUUCCCAUGCCUUAUGAUCCGCGGUAUUUGCGACUACUCUGAUUCGCAUCAAAACAAACAAUGGCAAGGGUAUGCCGCCAUGGUCGCGGCAGCAUAUGCCCGGGAUCUCUUACAUUGGAUUGUUCCGCUACGGGUGGAAAGAGAGGAGAGGGACCUGGAGGAUCUUGAUCUAAACUUAGCUCUUGAGAAACUACCUCUUGCGACUGGAGCCGAAUAUCGCCCAUACAUGGAUCAAGAUGAUGUGUGUCUUCCAGGAAGGACCGAGCUUCUAGGACAGAUAAAAGAGUGGUCAUUCUCACUGGACGAGAGGAGUAUAUUUUGGUUAAAUGGAUUGCCUGAGACUGGCAAAUCCACAAUAUCUCGGACUCUAGCACAGUCACUCAAAAAUAGCAAGAACCUAGGCGCAAGCUUCUUUUUCAAAAGGGGUGAUGGGGAUCGAGGGAAUGCGAAGAAGUUUGUCUCGACACUCGCAAGGCAACUAGUGCUUGAGUUCCCUGACCUCAUUGUCGGUGUACAGAAGGCUCUCCGUGAAGACCCUGGCGUGGCUUCAAAAUCGCUCGAGCAGCAGUUUGAAAAACUGCUCCUUCAACCAUUGCUCCAGCUGAAACAACUCAACCGAAAGCCUCAAGUCACUGUAAUAGUGAUCGAUGCUUUGGAUGAAUGUGGGAAUCAUCAAGACAUUCUAAGAAUAAUUCGAUUGUUACCUCACCUAGAUUCAAUAGGUGCGGUUCGAUUUCGGAUUUUUGUGACCAGCCAACCUACAUAUGCCAUCACAUCCAGCUUUUCAGAGCGUUCGUCAACUUCCUAUCAGGAAUUUUCCCUCCAUCAGAUACCCAAAACUUUACUAGAGCACGACAUGCGUUUAUUCCUCGAGUCCCGAUUUGCGGAUAUCCGACUCGAUAAGAAUAUUUCUCAGGACUGGCCUGGAGUUGAUGCUAUUCAUACUCUUGUGAAAUCCUCGGUCCCUUUCUCCUCUUUCAUUCUCGCCGUUCAGGUGUGCCGUGUCCUCGGACAGCCUCGAGUGAACGCCGUGGGUACUCUCGCCAAGAUCAUUUCAUGGCUCAGUGAAAAUUCUAAGCUACAUGGAAUAGAAAUCACCAAAAGCCUCGCGGUUGUACAACAGGAUUUCGAUGAAAUGAUUAACAAAAGCAUUAUAUGGGAAAGGCAGGAGAGUGGAGGCCGCGAGACUGAAGACAGCCACAAGGACUCAUUGUGUGACCCAAGUGACAUCGAAAGCAUCUUCUCUACCGAAUCUAUUCUGUCUUCUCACUCAUCCCAGAGCGAAAUCACCUCAAUCGCUAUUUCUGAGCUAACCAACCUACUUCUGAAUGACGACGAUUUGAAGUCUCUCUAUCCAAUAGCCAUCUCAAAAGUUGGCCCUGGGAAAUUUCAAAGAAACUUUGCACGCAUGCUGAAAAGGUAUGGGCAGAAAUUGAAUAGUGAAGCGUCAAGUGAAGUUCAACGUCAAGCGGCAAAUUUUGUCCGCUUGUCUGCGCGGCGGACAUCAGCUCUAAUCCGCAUAUUUCUCACGCAGGAUAGUGGACUUCCUAUACAGAGAAAACUGGAGUUGGAUGUCUCGAAGUCAGCUCAAGUUGGGGCCUGGAUAACAUCACAAAUGGAAGUUUCUUCAAAUUUGAAUGAUGAUGCCAAUGAAAUAUCCUCAGACAGCGACUCAACCAGUUCAGAAAGUGAUCACCGAAGCUCACUCGGUACCAUUGAAGAGGUGAAAGAGUUUAUGGUAUCAACGAGAGCAUUUCGAGCUCUACGACAAGAGCUUCGAGAAUGGCUGGAAGUCAAAAGGAAAAAUAGCCAGGAAAAUGAGGGUUUUCUCUCAGUCCAGGGAAACAAAGCCCAAAGUAUUAUGCGAGGUUUGAAUGUCAGCACCCGGACUUCUAUUAUUCAUUUUCGUUAA